AUGAGCCUCGGGCCGAGGGGGCCUCGCGACGUCGUACCCGCUCUCCAGCACAGCAAGCAGGUCGGACGAAGUGGCCUCCAAGUGCAAAACAAAGCCAACGCGUCCCAGCUGGUAGGUUCAAGUCCGACACCCAAGGCUCCCACACCUCUAGAGGGCUGCAUGCUGCAGGGCAUCCAAUACGCUGGCUUGAGCUGCAGGCAGGGGUUGCUAGCGCUGCACCUGGCCUGGAAGGGUGUCGCGAUGGAGCUCUCCACGUGGGACAUGCAGCAGCGCACUGGACGCAGCGCAUCCGACGCGGGGAUUACGGGCGAAAGAGGGUGGAUGCAAGAAGAACCAAAAAAAUGGUGCCGUUGUAGGGAGCGCCGCGCUGCCACCGGCCAUGCAAUUGAUGCCUUUUGCGGAUGGCUGAGGGGUCAUUGUGAUGUGUCGUCUUCGCCAGCAAAUACGGGGCGUCAAGACCUGAGCCCGAAGGCUAAGGAGGUUGCUGCACAAGCCAAGCUGGGUCAGUCAGGCCAUCGCCUUGGCCACGGACGAUGUCAAGCACAAGUACCUGGCUAA